AUAUUCAUUUAAGCAGACAAGAGUCUAGGGUUUUAAGCCUCGGGCAUUUCUUCGUCUCCACUGCUCCCGCCGCCGCCGUCGCCGUCGCCGUCGCCACUUCGGACUAGUGCGUCGCUCCACCGGGUUUCGGCGUCUCUCCUUAGCGCGCGACAAUGGCGGAGCAGACGGAGAAGGCUUUCUUGAAGCAGCCCAAGGUGUUCCUCUGUUCCAAGAAGGCCGCCAAGGGGAACAAGCCUGGCAAGGGAGGAAACAGGUUCUGGAAGAACAUUGGCCUUGGUUUCAAGACGCCCAGGGAAGCCAUUGAAGGAACCUACAUUGAUAAGAAAUGCCCAUUCACUGGCACUGUGUCUAUCAGGGGUCGCAUCAUCGCCGGAACAUGCCACAGUGCUAAGAUGAAUAGGACCAUCAUUGUUCGUAGGAAUUAUCUUCACUUCGUCAAGAAGUACCAGAGGUAUGAGAAGAGGCACUCCAACAUCCCUGCGCACAUUUCACCAUGCUUCCGUGUCAAGGAAGGUGAUCAUGUGAUCAUUGGCCAGUGCAGGCCACUGUCAAAGACUGUAAGAUUCAAUGUGCUCAAAGUCAUUCCCGCAGGUUCAAAGAGUGGAGCAGUCAAGAAGGCUUUCACUGCCGCCUAAGAUCGAUGAGUGCAUCGUCAGUGCCUGAAAAAGCUUUGUUAUAACGUUUUGAUGCUGCCUAGCCUUUUUGUUUCGUGUCUACUGUAUGUGUACUUGGAAUUCUAAUUGAAUUACAUCCAGAGCAUGGAAUCGUGAAAAAAAAUGUCUCGGAUUGCCUGGCACCUUUUAAUUUCA